ACACCGGUCUGGGUGCCACCUCUCCCUGCUUGGGCGCCGCCGAGCGAGCGCUUCCCUUCCCCCUGCGAGCGCCCGGAUAAUGUCUGAGAAUGUCCAUUUCUGGGACGCUUAGCAGCUAUUAUGUCGACUCGAUCAUAAGUCACGAGAGUGAGGACGCGCCUCCAGCCAAGUUUCCUUCCGGCCAGUACGCGAGCCCCCGACAGCCGGGCCACGCCGAGCACCUGGAGUUCCCCUCCUGCAGCUUCCAGCCCAAAGCGCCGGUGUUCGGCGCCUCGUGGGCGCCGCUGAGCCCGCACGCGUCGGGGAGCCUGCCGUCCGUCUACCACCCCUACAUCCAGCCCCAGGGCGUCCCGCCGGCCGAGAGCAGGUACCUCCGCACCUGGCUGGAGCCCGCGCCGCGCGGGGAGGCCGCCCCGGGGCAGGGCCAGGCGGCCGUGAAGGCGGAGCCGCUGCUGGGCGCGCCUGGGGAGCUGCUCAAACAGGGCACGCCCGAGUACAGUUUGGAAACUUCGGCGGGAAGGGAGGCCGUCCUGUCUAAUCAAAGACCCGGCUACGGGGACAAUAAAAUUUGCGAAGGAAGCGAGGACAAAGAGAGGCCGGAUCAAACCAACCCCUCUGCCAACUGGCUGCACGCUCGCUCUUCCCGGAAAAAGCGCUGCCCCUACACCAAAUACCAGACGCUGGAGCUAGAGAAGGAGUUUCUAUUCAAUAUGUACCUCACCAGGGACCGUAGGCACGAAGUGGCCAGACUCCUCAAUCUGAGUGAGAGACAAGUCAAAAUCUGGUUUCAGAACCGGCGGAUGAAAAUGAAGAAAAUGAAUAAGGAGCAGGGCAAAGAGUAAAAUCCUCCCCACCCCUUCUCCAGCUCACCUUUAUUUAUCAGUACUGGCUGCAAGGCCGGCGCUGUCUGGGAGAAGUCCCAGUGAAUGGGGAAGGGAGUCUUUCUUGCUCCUCCCACCCUACCCUUGGCCCUAACCUGUCCUCCUUCUCCCUGGGCCUCAGGAGUAAGUUUUGUUGAUCUAGAAGGUAGCAAUAGUUGGUUCUUAAGAAGGUGAUGAGCCACAGGAGUGACCCUAGUUGAGCCAUUAGUGACCCCUUAUAAUUUUUCUAUGAAGCCCCAGCCCCAAUCCCAAAAGUCACCCAGGACACUUCCAACUGCGCAAAGCUCAGCAGACUCCUACUCCCAUAAAGCCUGGAGCCCACAUUCACCCUGGGGAAAAGCUCAUAGCCUGCCUUCAAAUGAACUGUCACCCCAAAUGCAGACCACAGUACCCCAAAUCUAGCAGACCAACCCACAGACCAUCCAUCAAGCAAGACCAGGUCCUAUUCCUGACACAAAUGCAUAUCAAGAAAAUGUCCAGAGACUCUUCCAAAUGAGAUGCUGCCACCCUCAGGGCUCAGCAUCCCAAUACCACUCCCCCAUGGAAAUGCCAAAUGGACCCCAGCCUGGAUCCCUGGGGUAAAUGAGGUACCCCCCCCCCCCCAGUGCUGGUGUGCUAGAAAGGGGAAAGGAAGAGCACAUCUCAAGAAGGCAUUGCACACACAGAUUUUUGUUGCAGGAAACCUUUAAUUCUGCAUGUGUUUUUCUCCUCCUUGCAACAAAAAAGAGGCCAAACAGUAGGUCUGAAAUGAUGUCCUCCUCCCAGUUCAUCUGUGCCAGGCCUGACAAGAGACUGGAGCUUUUCUCCCUCCACACUACCCAGGCACACUUUCAUAGCCUCUCAGCUCUGCAGUCUACUCGGUUUGGCCAAAUCCACCUUGCACCCAGCAAUUCAAGCUGCCUUCAUAACCCCCCCACCCCCUAUUACUUCAACCCCAGCACAGGAAGGAUGGCUGGGUCAGAAAAGUCCGACAGAAAUUGAUUGUGAAUCGAUUCUGAGUCCCCUUCUCCGGUAAAUUGUCAAGGACAGGGAGGAGUGAAUGUUCCAGUGCCUGGAGCUUGGCCUAGAUCUUCCCUCAUCUCGUCCCCUGUCCAGACUCAGAGGAACCCUGCUGCCCCCCUGGGCUGAUCCAGAGCUGCCCCAGUACCUGGCUUUGCCCUGCAGCCACCAGGGCCUGAUGGUGAUCUGUGCAACUGCUGCGUUCAAGCUUCCUGGGGACAGACCCGCAUGCAAAGGAAAGAGACUUAAGCUUCAGGCUGAAGCUCAUUCUCUGCUCCCCUUGCUCCAUUCUCUGUCUCUCCAACCUCCCCUCAAUCCCAUGGAUUCUAGCUUCUGCUUCUCCCGACCCUGCAAGGGGGCAUUCCAGUAGAACCCCCACACACACUUUGUUGGUGGCUCUUGUGAAAUUGUGCUGUGUCUUGUGAGUUCUUUGGGGGUGACUGUCUCUCACCUGUUUCAAUUGUCGCUUAUG